CUCUCUCUUCCUCUCGAUCCUUCUCCUCCUCCUCCUCGCCACACGACCACCUUCCUCUCCGCACGACCCCCUUCCUCUCCUCUUCCUCUUGAUCCUUCUCCUCCUCCUCCUCAUCGCCGAUCCAUCGCAACAGUGGCGGCCCUUGCCUCAGUUUCUGCUCUCUCUAGCCAUCUCUCACUGUCGUAGUGGUCCAUUGCGUGGCUUCAUCUUGUCGGUGGGAAUUUGUGUUCUCUCUCUUCUUUCUCUUUGUUCAGCUCUUUCUCUGGCCGUCUCUCACCGUCGCUCACGGCCUCUGCUCCCUUGCCCUCACUCGCCUCCACCCUCCAUCGUCUUCCGAACACGCAUGUCGAGAAAAGUUGACCGCAUGUCCAAGUGUGUCGACAUGUUUGACACGCUUUGACACGUGUCGGACACAACACAGAAGCACGAGCAACGUGUCCGUGCUUCAUAGUUGGUACCCACUCACUUUGUUCAUAUUGAAAACCUUAGCUUAGUUCUUAGCUAAAGCCUCACAAACCAACCUUUUCUUUAGAGAGAGAGAAAGGGAUAGAUCCAGUAGUAAUAAGCUCCCUAGCUAGGGCAAACUCAGAGGCCAGAAUGACUACUGAUGAUGUUGCAUGGGCAUUAGGGGAUGAGUACCAAAUAUUCUUGAGUUUUAGAGGACCUGACACUCGUCAUGGAUUCACAGACUUCCUCUAUCAUGGCUUGGUAGAUGCUGGAGUUCGUGUAUUCAGGGACGAAGAUGAACUCUGUGUUGGUGAAGUCAUUGGUGAGAACCUUUUACGUGCUAUCAAUGGUUCUAGAAUUUAUAUACCCAUCUUUUCUAGAACUUAUGCUUUCAGUAAAUGGUGUCUCCGUGAGCUUGUCCACAUAGUAGACAAUUUGUCCAAGUUUGAUGUUGAAAAAAGUAUCCUUCCCAUAUUUUUUGAUGUGGAACCUGAGGAUAUUAAACUUAAGACUCCAUUAUAUGAUGAUGCUUUCUUGGAACACGAGAAGAGGUUUCCUCACGAAGUCCAAGCGUGGAAAAAAGCUCUUGCACAAGUAGAUGAAAUCAAGGGAUGGAAUGUAAAAAAUGAUCAAAGCCAAGCGAAGAUUGUCAGAUCGGUUGUUGAAAAAGUAUUGGAGAUGCUGGAGAUAAAAUACAAAUCAGUGACUAAACUUUUAGUUGGAGUUGAUGAUCGGGUAAAAGAAUUGACAAAUUUAUUAUAUGUCAACCACGAUGAUGUGCGGCUUGUUGGAAUUUAUGGAAUGGGUGGCAUUGGUAAAACAACUCUUGCCAAACUCGUCUUCAAUCAACUAUCUUCCCACUUUGGAAAGUGCUGUAGUUUCCUUGAGAAUGUUCGAGAAAACUCGUUGACUGAAAAAGGCUUCGUCCAUUUGCAGAAGAAAUUAUUAUAUGACAUUGUUGGUUGUGGAUUUGUGGGAAAAUUUAAGGAUAUUGAAAAAGGGAUGAGGAGCAUAGGAAGAACACUCCCAACUAAGAAGGUCUUUUUGGUUUUGGAUGAUGUUGAUAAUAAAGAGCACAUUAGGAAACUCAUAGGAAAUUUUUCAUUACAUUCAGGAUCCAAGAUAAUCAUUACAACAAGAAACACAACUAUUCUACAAGUUGAGGGGUUCAAAGGUGAAAUUCUAGAGUAUGAGAUGCAAAAGAUGGAUUAUGGUCAUGCAUUUCAGCUUUUUUGCCAGCAUGCCUUUGGUGCGGACUUUGCUUGCGAUGAUUUUCAUAGGCUUUCAAGUGAUAUUGUCUCACAUAUGGGAGGGCUUCCUUUGGCCAUUGAAGUGGUAGGUUCACUACUUAAAGGAAAAGACAAAGCAUUUUGGAAAGAGACAUCAGUCAGGUUAAAGGAAGUACCAGAGAAAGAGAUUCUAGAGAAGUUGAGGAUUAGCUAUGACAACCUAGACAAAUAUCAGCAACAAAUUUUUCUUGAUAUAGCAUGCUUCUUUUCCCAUGAGAAGAUGACCGAUGCAAUUUACAUGUGGGCCGAUUGUCAAUUAUAUCCUAAAAGAGGAAUUGAUGUCCUUACUAGUCAAUGCUUGAUAAAGAUAGGGCACAACAAUAUGAUUUGUAUCCAUGAUCAACUAAUAGACAUGGGAAGGCAAAUUGUGCGUGAAGAAAGUUCAAGUGACCUUGAAAAGCAAAGUAGGUUGUGGAUUGCAAAAGAAGCCCUUGAAAUCAUAAAAACUGAAGAGAGGAAGGACAAGAUUCAAGCGCUUAGUAUAAAUAGAUUGAAUUACCCCAUAGUGAUCACAAAUGAUGAGUUUGAAAGGUUACGUAACCUAAGAUUCCUCAAGUUAGGCACUGGAACUUUUGCUGGAGACUUUGUAAAAUGUCAUUCAAAGUUGAGAUGGAUUUCUUGGCAUUCUCCUCAUCCGAAUUUUAGGGCUAACAAUUUGUAUUUGGAUCAUCUUGUCGUUUUUAAACUUGACUUGAAUGGCUUCAAGGAUGAUUCGAAAGCAUGGGACUUGAUCAAGGGGGCUCGGAAUUUGAAAGUUCUAUCUCUAACUAGGUGUUAUGCCAUAACGACAAUCCCAGACUUCUCUAAAUGCUUGGGUUUAGAGAGGUUGACAGUUGCACACUGCUACAACCUAAAGAGAAUUAAAAGUUUCAUCGGAGAUCUACAAUCGCUAAUUAAGUUAAAGGUUGAAUGGUGCACGGGUCUUGUAGAUUUGCCUAAAGAAGUGGGGGCACUGGUGAAGCUUAAGCACUUCUCAUUAUAUAAUUGUUCGAGGUUGAGAGAACUUCCAGACUCACUUGGCAAUUUAACCUCAUUGACAAAGUUAAACUUAUCAAGCACAAGGAUAAGGAAACUUCCCGACAUUAUUGGAAAUUUAAAAUCAUUGCGUGUCUUGUAUUUCGUAAUAGGAGCAUUUAUUCAUCAGAAGCAUCAUGUUUGGCAAUUACCUAGUUGCAUUGGCAUGUUGGUAAAUCUUCAAGAAUUGAAUCUUUAUGGGCAUUACGAGCUGGAAGGUGAAAUCCCUGUUGAAAUUGGGGAAUUGUCAUGUUUAAGAUUACUAAAUUUAGGUCGCACUCGUAUCUCCAGAAUUCCGGAGACAAUCAACAAGCUUCAUCACCUCGACACACUAUAUUUAGAGGAUUGUCAUCAUAUUCAAAUGUUGCCAGAGCUUCCCACAAGUUUGACUGAUCUAGUUCUUAUAUGUGGAUCAUUGUUAUCAGUUCCAAAUCUGUCAAAUCUGUCAAGUUUGACCCGUUUAUUUCUUAUUUCUGGACCAUUGUUAUCAGUUCCAAAUCUAUCAAAUCUUACUAACUUGGUUGAUUUAUAUCUAAGCGAUGGCUAUGGCAUGACAAGCAAAUCAAACCUAAUCACCAGAUGCAACUUAAGGUGGAUUGGGAGGUUAUCUAAAUUGAAAGAUUUACAGUUGGAUCUGCUAAACAUCUCUGCACCUCUAGAGUUGGCUUCUCUUCAUCAUUUAGAAAGACUUACUAUGUCUCACCUAAAUCUGCAAACCCUGCUGCAGCUUCCGUCCUCCUGCUUGAGUUUCAGAAAUUUGAAUUCUUUAGAUUUGUCUUAUUGUGAAGUGGAAGACAUUCCACUCGAUGGACUUCCACAACUACAUAUAUUACUUCUUAUGGAUUGUAAACUGCUACAAAGAUUGUCCAUUCCUUUGGAAUUAAGGAAGCUAAAUAAUAUGUAUGUGUCAGAUUGUCCAGACCUAGUCGAGAUAAAAUAUUUGGGUCUUUCGGAAUCAUUGAAAUCCAUCUCGGUUUAUGGCUGCAAAUCUCUGAGAAGAAUAAGUGGGUUAUCAUACUUGACAAAGCUAGAGCAUUUGGAAAUCACACGGUGCAUGUCAUUGAUAAAAUUGAUUGAUGCAUCCUGCACAAACACACCUGAUGAUUGCAUUGUCAAAAUAGAGGAGUGUGGAGAUUCAGUGCCGAGCAUCCCAUAUGAAAUGUAUAUGAAGCGUUACAGAGAAGAAUUUCUUCUGGAUACAUCAAACAUUGAAUCCAAGCCAGAUAAGAUGGAAAAUCCCUUCACAAUCAGAUUCCGUUUUGGAUCAAGGUCAAGUGAUGGAUCGGCUUGGUUGGCGACGACGGAAAGGAAAAAUUUCACCCCUGAUUCAGUGACAUAUGAGGGAUUAAUUGCUUGCAUGAAAAUUUUCCACUGUCGUGUGAAGAGAAUGUGGUACGAGACUUGUUGGGAAGGCCAAGAGGACAUUUUUUGUGAAGAGAGCAACAAGGGCAUAGAGAUCAAGAGUGAUGAGCAAGUGAAGGAGAUGGCGCAACUAGCAUCUAAAAGAGGCUUCAUUAUAUUGGACGUCCUGGGGGCAGUAGACAGGACGGAAGGAUACGACGACGAUACGAUAAGUACGUUAAGAGAGGUAUGGAGAAUGGAGACUGAUGUGUAUUCCAAUGAAGAUGGAGCUGAGUGGGACGUUUCAGGUCCUGAGGAAGACUUAGACUCUUCAAGUGAGGGUGAAAGCCAAACGGAUAGCACCUCCUCUAUUGAUGAUUUCGAGUCCGAGCUGGGCAAUGCAGAAUAUUUCGAGGCCACGGGAAAUAGGAGGCAAAUGACGGACGGAAAGGUUGGGCACCAUGGUACUGUUGAUGAAGGGAAAACGGCGAGAAUGGAAAAUAGGAAGGAGAAGCGGGAUGAGACUGUGGAACCUGCCGUCCAAAAUGUUGUCCAGUCCACUUCCCAACAGUGCGAAGGAGACGAACAUCAUGAGAUGCCCUGCAAAGCUACAACUGAAGUUGAGGAUCAGAUGGAAACUGCUUCUGUGAAGACGGAUAGAACAGUGGAGACUGACCGAGUACCUGCAAAAAAGAGAAAGAGGGAGUGGGACUAGAUGUGUUUUAAACCCAGGAAGGAAUCCUGCCAUAAGAGGUAGAGCAAGGGGUACAGCUUCAAGUUCAAGAAACAGCAAAGCUACGAAGGCGGGUAGGGAUGCAGCUUCCAGUUCGGGAAAGAGUACGGCAUCAGAUUCAGGAAGGGGCAGAGCUUCGAGUUCAUGAAGCAGCACAGUUUCAAGUACAGGAAGGGGAAGGGGCAGAGGUUCAACUUCAGGAGAGGGCACAACUUCGAGUUCAGGAAGGGUAAGAGGUUCAAGUUCAAGAAAGGGCACAACUGAAAUGGGGUUGAAUUUAAGAUUAGGGACGGACAACGGUUCAAGCCCGGCCGUGGCUGAGCCUUAGACAUCGAGGUCGUCAUAAGAACGAGCCCGUGCCAUGAUCUCCCAGAGGCUGCCCACCAGAAGCUUCAAAGCCUCCAAGUUAUUGUUCUCGACGGCCAUGAAACCACCGUCUCAACGACCCCAUCGCAAGCUGCUCUCAGCCUCUCUCGAACCAAUUCCUCAAAACGUCAGACCGACCCUUUCACGGCCACGAGAUGAAGAGGAUUUCUACUUUACUGGUGAAAACUGCAACAUACACCUACCUCAACACUCAACAGCUUCUUCGCAGUUUGUAAGUACCCUUUAACUGCUAUUUAGCAAGUUCAGGGUUUCGAUCAAGAACCGUGUCUGAGCAUUGAUGCUCUCUGUUGAGAGAGUCUCACCAUGAUAAGAUUAAGACUCCCACCGUGAAUCGAUCAAGAAUCAGCAGAUCAUCUCGUAGCAAGGCCAGGAAGAAAGCUUUAUCUCCUUUAACCUUUGAUUUGUAAAGUCUCCUCUCCAUUUUCGAACUCAAGACAGAGCUGAGCUUCAUUACAAGACUAAAUCAUUGGUUACCGAGCUGCCGUUUGUUGGUCUGUAAUUCUUGGGACUGCAUGAUUUAAGUGAUUUUCUUAUAAAUUCUGCA